ACGUGUGGGAUCAACAAAGAUAAAUAUAUGAUUAUAUCAUAAGUGCAUUAUAAGUAGUAGUACUGGUGUUAUUACAAUAGAACGAGCAUCAGCCAUGAACAUCAAUUUCGAAAGAAAAUGCAUUCUCGUGACCGGUGCUGGUGAAGGUAUGUCAUAUACGAGGUGUGGCAAUAAAAUAACCGAAUUGGUGCUGCUACUGGCAAACGGCGAGCCGGCCGCAGCAGAUCUGAACAUGUCUGUGCUUGUUCAUACCUUCACUAACAUAAUCUCGAUUCGCGCGUUUGUGCGGUACUCAAUCUCACCAUAAUUAUCGCCCGAGUAAGUUCUUGUUUUAACUUGCCGUCGAAUGGAGCAAAGAGUUAACCUUAAGUUUCUUGUGAAACUCGGAAAAACCGCAACAGAAGCCCAUGCUAUGUUAAAGGAAGUGUACGGAAGUGAGUGUUUAUCGCGCACACAAGUUUUUGAAUGGUGUAAAAGGUUUAAAGAAGGUCGUGAAAUGACUGAAGACGAUCCACGCUCUGGACGGCCUUUAACAUCAAAAACAGAAGACAACAUCGAGAAAAUUGGUAAAUUGAUCCGUGAAAAUCGUCGUCUGAGUAUCCGGACUCUUGCUGAAGUCUCAGGAAUUAAUAGAGAAAGUAUCCGUCAGAUUUUGCAUGAAUCAUUGAACAUGAGAAAAGUUUGCGCGAAAAUGGUGCCAAAACUUCUCACUGCAGAACAAAAGGAAUUGAGAAUGAACAUUUGUGUUGACCUUUUGAACAACAUUAGCGCUGAUCCAGGUUUGUUAGACAGAGUGAUUACUUGCGACGAGUCGUGGUUUUUUACCUAUGACCCAGAAACAAAGCGUCAGUCGAUGCAUUGGAAGAGUCCGAGUUCACCGCGUCAAAAAAAAGCCAAAAUGUCAAAAUCAAAAUUUAAGACCAUGAUGGUUGUUUUUUUUUAAUAUUCGAGGAGUUGUUUACAUUCACUGGGUCCCCGAAGGUCAGACUGUUAAUCAACAUUAUUACAUUGAGAUCCUGUCCACCCUUCGUGAAAGAGUGAGAAGGCGAAGGCCCGAACUGUGGAAGAACAAUUCUUGGAUGCUCCACCAAGACAAUGCACCAUCACAUUCUGCGUUGUCUAUGAAGUUGUUUUUCGCGAAACACAAAAUCACAGUGUUGGACCACCCACCCUACUCGCCCGACCUGGCCCCCUGUGACUACUUUUUAUUUCCAAAAGUAAAAUCAGAGCUAAAGGGGACAAGAUUUCAGAGUGUAGAGACAGUAAAAGCAAAAGCGACGGAGGUACUCAACAGCCUAACGGAAGCGGACUUCCAGCACUGCUUCCAACAAUGGAAAAUACGUAUGGAGCGGUGUAGGGAUCGCCAAGGAGAAUAUAUAGAAGGAGAAAAUUUGUAUAAUGUAAAUAAUAAUAAAUAAAAUGUUUUUUAGCA